GAAACACGGGAACACACAGGAGCACAUGAGGGCCAUCCUGAUGGGGGCGUUCCUCAGAACAACCUGGCGCUGCACCAAAGACUCUGGUUGCUAAACCUUCGGCGCGUUAUUGCUGUCUCCACUUCCCGUGGCCCGAGGUUCCUCCACGGCAGCUCCAGGCUGUGAGACAGGUCUGCUCCGGGUCCAGGUGGUGUUUCGUUGAACCUUAAGGAUGGAUCCAGGUGGGGUUCAAAAAGACAUGCUGCAUCAUCUACAGCAAAAGCGAGCUGCUGAACUCUCUGGAGGCGUAUCUGAACAACAAAGCCAGACUACAACCCAUCAUAGGCCUGGGCACCAUUAUAGAGUGUGUGAAUGUGACUUCACGGGUCAGAGAGACAUUGUACCUCUGUGAGGUGUGUGCAUGCAGACUCACCAAAGCGGAUAUGCGGAACCACAUAAUGGGGAGUCACCAUAGAUUCAACUACAUUAAAGCCUGUCACCCCCACUUAGUGUCUCAGUGGCUGGGCAGCCCCGACCUGUCGAAGAUGGCUUGGCCUUUAAUGGAGUUGGCUGAAGUGUUGGAGAAGAAAGAAGGACCAGGAAAUGUUCAAUUGUUUGAAGUUCAAGAUCAGCUUUACCAGAUGAUGGUGACACAGAGUGAAAAUCAUGCAGUGACUCUGAUGAAGACCUUAAAACAAGAGCAGGCUGAGUUGGAGAGCUUUUCAGAAACGAAACCUUUGCAUUAUCCGGUCGCGUCUCGGAGGGUCGUUUUGCCUGCAAACAACCAGUGGGAACAUCCAGUGAUCUCCGACAGGGUUGACAUGAAAUUAGUUCAAGUCUCACAACAAACUGAGGAGAAGACACCCUUACAAAACAUAUCAGUCCCACAGCUGGAGAAGGUCCAGAUGUCGGCUGAGGACUCUGUGGUAUCGGAGAGCGGCAAUGGGUUUCUGGAGGAUUUCCCUGGAGCCAAACCUGUCAUUGGUCUCGUCCGUGUGGUUGACUUUAGAAGUGAAGAUGGCUUCUCAUGUUGUUUCUUAUGCCACUGCUGCCGCAUAAGAUCCACCGAAAAUGACCUGUUGGAUCACCUCACCAGCUCCUCCCAUCUAGUUAACUACCUGAUGGAAAAUUAUCCUGACCAAAUACAAGCUUUGGGGGAAGUUAGUGAAGACGACUUCCAGCUUCAGUCACUGGCUGCCAAAGUGGAGGAAGAGGAGGGCAGAGGAGAGAUGAAGAUAGUAAAUGUACCAGAGUCCAUCUGUAGUCAACUCACUGGCAAAAGUUACCACUGGUGUUUAAAGAUGCUUUCAAGAGGAGGGGAUCAUUCCAACCUUCAACAAAAAAGAAAAGCUGUAAUAGGUCUGAACAAGAUUACAGCUCGACAUGCGCCAAAAAAAAGCUUUGUAGCGAUGCCAAAACGAACAAAAAGAAUGAAACUGAUGAAGAAAAUGAAAAAGACUAAUACCAUGUUUAAUGUGAGCCUGCCUAUAGGGAAAGGUGAACUUCUGCUGGAGAGGAGAUCCUUUGAUACGGAUCAUCUGUUUGAGUCAUCUGCAUCACCUUCAUCUAAAUCGGAUCCAGCUACAUCCCCCUCUGAGCUUUUAGAAACCAGGUCUCCUAUAGAUAACCCUGUCGACAUUAUUGAUAUACAGUUAGGGCUUCAAACAUCUCAACUAGAGCAACAGCUCUACCAAGAAGAUGCAGACUCUGGUGAUUACAUGUCAGAAAAGCACAUCACAGUCACAGUAUUUCAGGGCGAAGAUGGUUAUGUUGGUGACAACCUGCCUGGACUAAAUAAGUUAAGGGGAUCUCAGGAAUGCUCAAGUAAAGACUGGACAUAUGGAGAUUUACAGGCCCAGAAUGGGGGACAUUUUGCUGCUGGAACCCACUCUGAGGAGUUUUCACCUUUUGACUCCUACGACAAUGAGGGGAGCUGUGGCACCAAUAUUUGUUAUGGUUCAGCAUCAGAUGUAGCAGAGUGGGAAGCUUUGAGGCUAGAGAGAGAAACCAAUGAGAUAAUAUCAAGUUAUGGUCGGCAGCAUCAAAACCAGCAUCCAUCUUGGAGCGAUGCAGGUUUUCACACAGGUAGGAUGUGGGAACAAGUCCCUUAUUUAAAGGAUGCCAGGAUAAAUGUGGAAACUCACUCAGAAGAUAUUCCUGUGUACAGGGGCAGCUUUUUAUUGGAUCCUAGAGGACAAGUUCAUGAGACUGAACAGAGACAAGCCCAGACAUACACAAAAUUCACUACAGACUAUCACCAAACAGCUCCACAGCUUUACCCGACCCCGUCUUCAGCGUUUGAAGUCAGUCCAAUACAGCAGAGGCUGAUGUUUCAUGCCUGUUACGAUGCUCCAUCUAGAACCAUGGAGGGUCCUGUACCCCGCACCAGCCAGGGUCCUGUACCCCGCACCAGCCAGGGUCCUGUACCCCGCACCAGCCAGGGUCCUGUACCCCGCACCAACCAUGGGGCUUUACCCCGCACCAGCCAGGGUCCUGUACCCCGCACCAGCCAGGGUCCUGUACCCCGCACCAGCCAGGGUCCUGUACCCCGCACCAACCAUGGGGCUUUACCCCGCACCAGCCAGGGUCCUGUACCCCGCACCAGCCAGGGUCCUGUACCCCGCACCAGCCAGGGUCCUGUACCCCGCACCAGCCAGGGUCCUGUACCCCGCACCAGCCAGGGUCCUGUACCCCGCACCAGCCAGGGUCCUGUACCCCGCACCAGCCAGGGUUCUGUACCCCGCACCAGCCAGGGUCCUGUACCCCGCACCAGCCAGGGUCCUGUACUCCGCACCAACCACGGGGCUUUACACUGCACCAACUCAAACUUUAUGUAUCCAAUCACAGAUGGAGCUGGUUGGGGAUAGACUGAUGUUUUCAGUCAGCCAGGACAAUCUGCAUCUACACUCCCAGUCCUGAAGUUUAUUUCAGCGCUGGCAUUCCAAUCUGAAUAAAAACAAACUCACAACUCACAUGAUCAAGUGUUUAAAAUUAGACUAGCUUAAAAAUAUACCCUGCCAUUAAUACAAAUUGGAGUCUCCUAAUGUAAAAUGAAAUAAUUUGGCUGUUAUAUUAGUUUUCCAUUGUUUUUCUUUUUUCAAAUGAUUCCUGAAUUGAAAAUGAAUGUGGAAGGACUGAAAGAUGUCAUGGAUCUGUUGUGCUGCAUGUGACUUGGUGCAAAUAAACAGCAGAACAUGAGCAAAAUCUUACAUGAAAUGUGAGACUGAGUGCAAAUCAAUAUGAAAUUUUAAUCUUUGAGCUCUUUUUAUUUUUUGCCAAACUGAUGCAUUGUUUUUUUUCUUUUUUCUUUUAAAAUGCUGCUGUUUAUACAUGGUUUGCUCAUGUUCUAGUCCCUUAAAACUAGGGAUUGUUCUUCUAGAUGAAUGCAUUGUAUUGUUUGAGCCAUUCUUUUUUUUUUUUUACUGUUGAAUCACAACUGCAUUUAUUAUGUGCAGCUUUGCAAACCUAACCGUGCAACAAUAUGCUGAGAUUUGUUUAAUUUUUGUUUUUAGAGCUGUCAGAUUCAAUUUAUUCUGUCAAUGCUACUGUCAUUCACUUCAGUUUAAAGGGAAAUGAAAGACCAGUUGUCAUGGUUUGUGUUACGAUGCUGCAUCUCAAGAAGCCUCUGACUAACACACAUUCUGGAGAAGAUCAUACUCUGGGUUGUUCAUUAUGUUUUUCACAUUAUGAGGCAUCAGUCUUUGCACGGUCGUCUCUAGAUUUGGUUUUACCAAAGAAGAUGGUCAUGAUCCCAGUUUUUGCAUUUGGAUUUCCGCCACUGUAUAUUUUGAAUGUGCAUCAGUGGAGUUAUUCCUAACCAAACUUUACUUUUAGAUCAUUUUUCAUACUGCCACAUGUAACAAAAGCGUCCUUUUUAGGGACUGAAAUCCUAUAAAGGAUGCUUUAAGAUCCAUAAAGCAAAAAUGACUAGAUAAAUUCAAAUUGAGAAGUGGCUUGUUUUUCCAGAAACAGGAAUUGAGCAGAUCUACUUUGUCAGUUCUUGUAUGGGAUCUGUUGUCAUAACUUUGAGUGAAACACUUUCCUAAACCUUUGUAAUGAAAAUACUAAUUGAACUGUUGGAAAAUGUGAUCACCUUAUGUAGUUUGGUAUGAAUUAAUGAAAUACUCUGGUAUUGAAUAUAAAAUGUUUGAUUUCAGUUUUGAAUAAACUGCGGCACCUUCUUAAA